GAUAUUAAAGUCUGACGUUAUUCUAGACAUGAACCAAAACAUCAGCACAUAAGAAAGAGUACAAGAAUCAGCUGUGAAUGAAAACAAAAAUUAUUCUUACCGGUAAAAAUAAAAUCUCAUUAAAAGAGGUUCUGUUGUGAAUGUGUUCGGAUCGUUUAGGCGCAACGCAUUGCAUUUAUGCGGAAAGCGGUUUGUGCUAUUCUAAUGCUAGUGUUUAGCAAAUGCCUUUAAAAAUAUAAAUUAAAAAUACUCCCGCGUGUGUUGUGUGUGGAUGAGUUUUUUUGUUUUUAAAGGCUUAUAAGAUCAUUUCUCUUGCUGAAAGAAAUUUACGUAAAGUACUACUACGCUGAUAUAAAUAAAAGUAUUAAAGUUUUGAAGUGAAUUUUAAUUUAUUGGUAUCGUAUCUUGAAAAAACAAAUUGGUACUGUAGUAAUUAAAAUUAAGAAAUAUUGAAAUAUGUCUGGAGAUGUGCAACCGCGUAAACGCAAGGAUAAGAAAAGAAAACGUGAUGCUUUAGAUCGUAAGCCAGAAGGCGAUAUAUCUCGUCAAUCAAGCUUUCAAGAUGAAGAUGAGUCUUCACAUGGUGUUCAUAUAACUAAAAUGGGAACAGAUGACGUACAUUUACACGUUCAUCACGACCAUGGAACCGGAGGACAUUGGUGUGCCAAAGUGCUUUUCUUUUCUUUGUUAGCAAUACUGUUAGGUAUUAUUUCAUUGAUUAUCUUAGAAAAUCGUGGGUUAUCUGAUUUGGAUACUCCAUUAUCAGAAUCUAGGUUUUCCAAUUAUUUUGAUGGAUGGGUUGAGGAGCAUCGGGAAGAACAUGGACAUGAUGCAGUAGAGGCAUCAAUACAAGAGCAUGACGAGCAUGAUGAACCAUUUGAGGAAGAAGAAGAUGAUGAAGAAGCCGAUGAGGAGGAAGAUGAAGAAGAAGAAGAUGAACAUGAACAUGAUAUAGAAGGAGAUGACGAUGAGAAUGAAAAAGAUACUAAAGAAGAUAGUGAAGAAAAUAUAACAGAGGAACCUUCAACAGAAACUGAUAAAGACGAUGAGGAUGAAGACAAAGGUGAAGAAAAUGUAACUGAAGAAGUCAGUAAAGAACAAACUGUUGAAGACGAAGAUGAUGAUAAUGACAUAAAUGAGGAUACUGCUGAAAAUGAUGAAGAGCCAGAAACCAAAGAAACUCGAGAAGACAACGAUAAUAAUGUUAGUAAUGCCGAUGAAGAAGACGAAGAAGAUGAACAAGACGAAAACACUGCAGAAGCUGAAGAUGCUGAAGAAUCUAAUGAACCUAUAACGGUUUCACAGGAAAAUAGUCAACAAACAAAUGAAGAUGAUGAUGAUAAUGAAAAUGAUGAGGGUGAAAGUAAGGAUAAGGAUAAUGAGGAUGAGGAUGAGGAUGAAGACAGUAAAAAUAAUGAAGAACCAUUUGAUGAGGAGGACGAUGAUGGAACAUUUGAGUCAUUAGAAAAUGUUGUAGACAACGACGCUGAAGAAAUGGCUUUACUUAAAGAAAAAGCACGGCUGCAGGCUGAGGAAGCCGAGAAAAAUGCACCACCUUCAGCGGAAGAUAAUGAAGAGGGUGGAGCUGCAUCUUCAUGGGCAUCUUCACUUGCGGUUAAAAUUGGCGUUGGUGUGGCACUUGCAUUAGUUGCACGCCUUGUUUUAAUUAGGAAAAAUCCAAAUUCAAUUGUUGAAAUGUUUAAAAUAUUAUACGCAUUUUAUAUAGUCCGCAAUUCCGAUGAACCAUUGCCUGAAGUUGUAAUGAAGCGACGACUAACUAUUGCAACGGCUGAAGAUAACUUUCCGGAUGACGAGGAGGUGCCAUUGUUACCUGAAGACGAACAAUAUUCUGAAGAAGAAAUUGAGAUUGAAGAGGAAAUUGAAUAUGUUGACGAUGACGAUGAUCAGGAUCCUGUUUACAUUAAGGACAGAAUUAAUGCUGACAAAAGUACUUACGUGCCUGAAACUUUUGAAGAUUUAAAUGCACAAUAUCGGCCUAAAGAUUACAAACCUAUUAUAAUAACUGAAUCAACAACAACAAAUAAACAAACUGAUAAUGUGUAUGAUAAAAAUGAUAAUAAAAACUUUAAUAAAGCAACAGUCACAACCACAAGUUCACUUUCAACAUCAACUCAGGCAUCACACCAGUUCAGUAUGCCAUCUACAGCAAGCCCAUCAGUGCAAACAAAUCUACAAAACACCACACCUAAAACAACGUUAUCAGCACAAACUGAAAUGAUCGACAUACCAUUUACAGCAGCUUCAUCUUCAGUUUCAGCACAAAAGCCGCCUAAAACAGUUGUGCAAUCAACGCCCUCACCGAAGCCUAUUAAACGUGUAGUCACGCAUGAUGUGGAAACUUUAGAUAGCGACGAAGAUCUUGAUUAUGAUCCAGAUGAUAUAUAUGAUGGUGAAGAAUUGAGUGAAGAGGAGGAGGAGGAUGAGGUUGAAAUCGAUGAAGAUAUACUUGAUGAAGCCUCCGAUGAAAUAUCCGAUGUUGACGAUACUGAAUUGAUGAAUCGACUAGAAGCCAAAUAUGGCAGACUACCUACAAAAGAAUAUGAAAGCGAUGAGGAUCCUGAUGAUCCUACAUGGACACAAAUUAAAGCAAAACAGCCUUCGGAUAAUACUGGUGGAGCACAAGCCUAUAAUAUUGAUGAUAAUGAUGAAAAUGAAUAUUACGAUGAUCUAUUUGAAAAAGAGUUACGAAGAGCCAAUGAGGAAAUGAUGCGAGAGAAUUAUAAUGCUGCAUUAAAACUAUACGACGAACUCUCCCAAGCACAUCCUGAUAAGCCAAAAAUUUUCCUCGUAAAAGCAAAAGCGUUGGAUCAAUUAUCGGAGAAACAACGUAGCAAUUAUUUGCUGAAAGAAGCUUUGAAUGCCUAUAAACGUUACUUAGCUUUCGAUAAGAUCCUGAAAAAUCAUACCGAAUAUCGUGAAGCCGGAAAUCGUUGCAUCGAACGUUUACGUUUCCUUGGUUUACACAUGCAAACUAUAGCCAUUCAUCAGUAUAUGAUUGAUCGUUUUCCAGAUGAGCCUGAGCAUAAAAAUCAGUUAGUUGUUUCAUGGCUUAUGAUGAAUCGUUACACAGAAGCUAAAAUUAUACUGAAAGAAAUACUGAAGAGAUGGCCUGAUGACGGGUUUGCUCAAGUACAUUACGGAUUCAUACUAAAACAAUAUUAUAUGGAUAAUGAAAAUGCUGCACUUUAUCUUAAAAAAGGUAUAGAUUCUAAAGCACCCGGUACGCAGGAUGGUCGCUUCUUUUAUAACUUAGGCGAUGCGUUGCAACGUUUACAUCGCCAACCAGAAGCUCUUGAAAUUUACAAACGUGGUGCGGAAUUGAAAUUAUAUCCUUCUACAUAUCAGCGUUCUCUAUACAAUUAUCCUUCUUUACUUGCGCAACCAUUUUGGACCAAAGAAGAAACUACAUAUGCCUCUUUUUUCGAUAUCUUAGAAAAUAACUGGCAAGCUAUUCGAGAUGAAGGUUUAAAUUUGUUAAGUGCUGACAAUUUAUUUUUAAAUGAAGCAGAAAAUCUGAGGGAAAUUGGUGAUUGGAAACAAUUUGAGAUAUAUGCCCGUGGACAGCGUCAUGAUGAAAAUUGCAAUAAAGCUCCAAUGACUUGCGAAAUGAUAGAGAGCUUUCAUGCCGCCAGUAAAUGUAAGCGAGGUCAAGUAAAAUUUAGUGUUAUGUUACCAAAUACUCAUGUAUGGCCGCACUGUGGUCCCACAAAUUGUCGUUUACGUGCACAUUUAGGUUUAGUUAUACCAGAUGGUACUGCUAUACGUGUUGCUGAGGAGACACGUAAUUGGCAAGAGGGCAAAUUCAUUAUUUUUGAUGAUAGUUUCGAACAUGAGGUAUGGCAUAAUGGGAGCAGUAUGCGACUGGUUUUAAUUGUAGAUGUUUGGCAUCCUCAGUUAACUGAACUGCAACGCACAUAUUUAUCACCAAUUUAGUUGUAUAAAACCUUAAUGCUCAAAUGUUAACGCAUUGUUAAUAUCAAGUUCCUGUGUUUUCUCCAAACACCAAAUGCAGCUUAUAGAUAUAUUUCAAUAUAUAUUAAUAUGUAAAUCACAUUUUCACAAUAAGCAAGACCAUUUUGAAAAAAUAAUUUUCAUUUGUGUCUUAAAGAAUACAAUUUUAAAGUAAAAUUAGAAAAUUAAUUGAAUA